GCAACUUGGUGAAAACGACCAAGAGUGAAAUCUCUCACAUGUUCCGUCCAGAUUUAGGAGCUUGUAUGUGGGACAAGGCGACACUGUGAAAGUAUGAUUCUGGAGGAAUUUAAGCAAUAAACUACAUGUUCACCUAGUAGUUUCGCUGCAUAAAGGAUAUAUAUCGCUCUAAAGCAGCUUUUGGACAGAUUUAUCCGCGGUGGGUUGCUCACGAAAUGGACCCCGAGCGACAGAAGAGGAAAGAAGAAAUUCAAAAAGCGCUGGGUUUUAUUCAGUCAUCAUUGCCUUUUCCUGAACCAGAAGGCUAUGAGGCAUUUUUGACUCAGCUGGUGUGCAAUCUCCUGGAUGAGGGAAAUGCAACAUUUCGGGAUGGGGAGUGGAGGCAGGCUGCAGUGAACUACGGUGAGGGGAUCAAUGUGGCCCGUUAUGCCCAGUCUGAGGCGCUGGCCAUUCCCCCCGAACUGCUGGAGAGCCUCUACGUAAACCGGGCAGCCGCUCACUAUCACAUUGGAGAGUAUGAGCGUGGUGUGCAGGACUGCGAUAGCGCGCUGUGCGUGUUUGAGGGCAGUCGCCGGGCGCUCUACCGCAAGGCCCUGUGCCUCCGCGACAUGGGCCGCCUCCGUGAGGCGUACGAGUGUGGCACAGGAUGCCUCCUCACCGCCCCACAAGACAGACAAGUGAGUGAGCUGGCCCAGGAGUUAGCCAAUAAACUGGGCUUGAAGAUCCGCAAGGCUUACGUCAGCCCACAGGUGGACUCAAGUAUGGCUGGAUCUGAAAGCAAUGGUGAUGGGACUCCUUCCCCUGGGGAGACAUCCUCCAAUGGCCUUGAGUCUUUAAGUGAAAUUGGAUCAGACAUGUCCAGUGCUCAGUGCAUCCCUGCGCCGCUGGCCACGCCCAUCCCCGUGAGCGACGACGCCGCGCCGCGCUCCCUGUCGCCCGGCCUGCCCCCGGAGACGCCCGAGAGCCCCGGGCAGGGCCUGCCGGGCAGCGUGCAAUACUCGGUGCCCGUCUCGGAGCACAUGGGCGACUGCGCCGUCAUCGAGGACAUGGACCUGCUGGACUGCCUCCCCAAGGGAGCUGAGGUCAGCGUGAGCCCUGUCCAGGGAGCUAUCCCCACCAACCUCCCCAACACGGCGGUGGCCCUGCGGUCGGCGUACCCCUCCGGCCUGCCGGCGCCGUCGCCCCAGCUGCCCGCGGCGUACUUCAGCUCGGCGGUCAGCCCGCUCUCCCCCCUGGAGCCCUUCACCAUGCUGGCCCAGAGCGAGGCCUCCAGUCCGAGGCUGGACUCGCUGGGCUUCGGCAUCGGAGCCGGGGCCACCGACAUGGCGGGGAAGGGCGGCGUGGGGUCCCCCGAGUCCGGAGGACUGGACUCGCUGUCGGAGUACACCCUGCCUGGGGGCAGAAUCAAUCACAGUUUCAUCCCAGGACUGCGCAACCACAACGCCUUGCACACGAAUGGUCCCGCUGCCACCAACCUCUCCUUGUUGUCCAGGAAUCCCCUUGCUGCCACACAUGAGUUUAGACAGGCUUGCCAUGCCUGCUACAGCCGAAUAGGCCCCCGGGUCAUGGACUACAAGUACCAGCCAGAGGCGGCCCAUCGCUGCAAGAGAGACGUGCUGCUAUGUCGCCUCAAGAACUCCGAUGACCCCACAUGGAAGAGGGUGCGACCUCGGCCCGCCCGCAACAACUUCCUGGGCGCUUUUGUCCUCUGCAAAGAGGUGCAGGAGCGGCAGGAGUGCCAGUACGGGGAGAACUGCACCUUCGCCUACUGCCAGGAGGAGAUCGACGUGUGGACGCAGGAGCGCAAGGGCGCGCUGAGCCGCGAGCUGCUCUUCGACCCGCUAGGCACCAACGAGCGGCGGGCGCUGAGCGUCACGCGCCUCCUGCAGCUGCACAUGGGCAUGUUCAUGUUCCUCUGUGAGGAAUGUUUUGACAGUAAGCCUCGCAUCAUUAGCAAGCGGAGCAAAGAGAACUUGGCCGUCUGCUCCAACCUCACCGCCCGCCACCCCUUUGACGAUAACAAGUGCCUGGUGCAUGUGGUGCGUUCUGCCAACGUGCGCUACAGUAAGGUGCGCCCUCUGCACCCGCUCUGCCAGUUCGACGUGUGCCGGCACGAGGUGCGCUACGGCUGCCAGCGCGAGGACAGCUGCUCCUUCGCCCACUCCGUCAUCGAGCUCAAGUGCUGGGUCCUGCAGCAGGACACGGGCAUCACCCAUGAGGAGAUGGUGCAGGAGUCUAAGCGGCACUGGCAGAGGUUGGAGCAGAACGCACAGAGGCAGAAGCCUCAGCACAUCCCUCAGCAGCCCAGCAGCAGUGGUGGCGGAGGUCCCGGUGGGGUCGGGGGCAUGGGUGGCGGAGGAGGCGACGGUAUGCUGGGCAUGGGCGGCGGCGGAGGAGGUGGCGGCGGCGGAGGUGGCGGAAGCUGUGCCCGCGGCCGAGGCCUCAACCUGAAGAUGAAGUUUGUGUGCGGCCAGUGCUGGAGGGAGGGCCAGGUCAACGAGCCCGACAAGCAGCUCAAGUACUGCACAGCCAAGGCCAAGCACAGCUGGACUAAGGAACGUCGGGUGCUGUUGGUGAAGUCCUUUGAGAAGAAGAAGUGGGUGGUGGUGCGGCCGUUGCCUUUCUCGCGCACCUACCCUCAGCAGUAUGACAUGUGUGUCCACGUCAUGAAGCAGAAGAAGUGCCACUACAUUGGGAACUGCUCCUUCGCUCACAGCCUGGAGGAGAGGGACGUGUGGACGUACAUGAAGAAUAACAGCUUGCGGGACAUGCAGCAAAUGUAUGAGAUGUGGCUGGCGCUCACCAAACAGAACCGCGGUUCCGACGGAACGCUCAUAACCCCGCCCCCUGAAGAGAAACAGAUCACCAUGACAACAGAUUACGGAGAGUCGAUAGCAGGGCGUAGGUUGUCGGGCGGCGGUGACCUGUGACCCCGGCCAAUGCAAGGAGGAGACGCUGGCCACUGGGCAGUGAGAGGGGAUGAGGAUUCCUGCAGCAGCAGCAUGAGCCUGCCCCACCCCGACCCCCGUCCCGUCCCGAUCCAUCCCAGCAGCAGUUUGUAAGACCCCCCCCCUCUCACCCCACCCUACCCCACACCACCCUCUGGCACCACCACAAAUUUGGAAAACUUCAGGAACCCUCACAUAAGGCAGAGGCAACACAACCAUCAGUAGGACCAAAAUGUGCAAAAACACCGCAGCACACGUACACUGCAACACACACACACACACACACACACACAUAAAUGCACACACAUAUACUUACAAAUGCACACACACUCACAGUUCCUCUCAACAUCCUGCCCCUUCCUGCCCCUUCUUUUAGAUACACCUGCUUGGCAGCACUGCUCAGAGAUAAACGAUAAAAGCCUGGCAUAAAAGCCUGCGAUAUGUGGGGACAAUCUGAUUAUCAAAACCCUCUCUUUUUGUAAAGAGGAAAUGAUGCCAGAAAUUAUCUUUGUUUUUGUUUUCUUCCUUCUUUUUUUGAAUAUAAAUACUGCUCUGGUUGUCUGCCAUAUUGGCGGAAGAGUAUGAAUGUAUUAGCCAACCAAGGCCAUAAUGAGGACGUUUUUUUUAUUUUAAAAAACAAAAAACAAACCUCAGACACAUUGAGAAUUGUGGAAUGUAAUGUUAUUUGGCAAACCAAGGUGACUCUUGGGGAAAUUAGAUUUCAUGGUAAAACACCCCCGUUAACCCCCCUCCCCCCAACCACCACCCAAACCCCACCCUAAAUCCUACUGCACCCAUUAAAUUGACCAAGCUGGCGUAUCAUCAAGCUGCUUGCCAACCCCCCACCCCUUUCCACCUGUCCCCCCCCGGGCCUUGCAUGAGUGCGUGUGUGUGUGUGUGCACUCUUUAACCUGUCAGAGCCACAGGCAGGAAUGCGGAUAAUUGCCCACUUGCCUGGGCACCUCAGGCUCUCGAGACUGAACCACAGCAGCCAUGUUCAUUUUUUUGGCUUAACCUUGCCUCUCACUACUUGGUGAAUGAUCCGUAGAUAAAGAAACUUUUUCUCACAUAAGCAGGCCGACAUUGUCACCCCGCCCGUCCUCCCCCCCUACACACACACACACAUACAAAAACCUCUGAGUGGCUGCUGACAAAACCAAAAGGGAGCUAGGGCUCAUUGCCAUCCCUGAUGUCUGUUACCGUUGGUUUGCCCACAAGUUCAAAGUAUGGCCUGUCUGAGGAAUGUGCAGCCCUCCAGUGUCAACACUGUCUACACUGGCAAAGCCCUCAAUGCUGUGGAAUUUGGAGGGAUUGGAGUAGGAGACAAAAAGUAGUCGAAUAAUGCACCGUUUGAUGUGCCUAUCUAUCUAGAGUUAUACCCAUUUCCAAAAUAUAUAGUCAAGGCAUGCCUCAGAAGUCCGAGCAAGCUUUGUCCUUAUCUACGUUAGAAAGGUAUGUGGAGGUAUGUCUAUAUUCACACACAUUAUACACAUACAUAUACAUAUUUACAACUAUCGCUAUACUACUAAUGAUUAUUGAUAACUUAGCCGUUAAGCUUAAUUAAAUAUAACCUGACCUUGUAUUGAUUACAUAGAAACUCUUGUUAUUGAGCUAUGCUAUAUGACAUGUAUUGCUGAUUAGAUGACUAGUGAACUUUUUUUUUGUUUUUAUUGCUUCUGUGAGGGUCAUUCCGACAGCCUUGAGCAAGUUUUUGAUGGGCUCUGCAAUAGUAAGAAUAUCGAUGUUGAUGGAAAAAAAAACAAAAAAACAAGGUGUCUUUGCAUGAGCAAUUGGUGGUUAACAUCAAAGGAAAGCAUGGCAGUGUCUUCUGCCAGGUCUGUUGGCAUACAGGAUAACUUUAAUGUGUGGAGGCCAUGCAGCAGCCCUUUCCAACGGCUGCGUCAGCUGCCGUCUGUUGACCACAUGCUUUAUGACAGACCUAUAGAGUUCGGCUGCUUUUGGAAUGGCCCAGGUGUAUGCUUCACUGAGGGAUUGUAUUACUACUAUUAUUAUGAUGAUGAUGACUAUGAUAAUGAUUGCUCUAUUAUGACUAUUUCUAUCCUCUUAUAUGCCAUUGAUAUACGUAUACGUUAAUUGCGAUGUAUAACUCUCUCUUUAUAUAUAUUAUAAAUAUUAUGUAUCCAUGUAUGAAUAUUAUACUUAACAGUAAAUAGAUGUCCAUGUAUGCUAAGUGGGCUGUCCAGUGACGUGCUGAUAGAAGGGUGAGGGGGCACUUGGGGAUAGUUGUUGGCAGAUUGAGUGGCAGUGUUGGUUGCAAUAUGUUGGUUUUCUGUGUGACUUGCCCAGCGCUGUUGCACAAUGAAGUGCCAUAAACCCAAGGUAGAUUGGGCCAUUGGCAUUUCUUAUGAUCAUGGUAAGUUGCAUAAGUGCGGCCAGCAUGGUAGUAUACAUGUUAUAAACUCACCGGCAAGAAGAAGGAAUAGAGACUUCUGACAAUAAAAGCUAAGGGUGAUGGUUUUGAUUCUGUAGUCAGUAAAAAAAUAGUGUUUAUUCUCUAGUUGGAAAGUUAGUAGAGUUCUUCACCCCCCUGCCCCCAAAUACCCUGUGAUGUUGUAACAAUGCAACCAUUUUGUACCUGAGUUGCAUAAGAUGCCCUGUGACUGCACACAAAGCAUACAUUGAUAUUUAUGUUUGUCUGCAUAGCGCCUUAAACAAUAUAUACAUAUACAAUUAUAAAAUGCCCCUAACAUAUAUAAUCGUACUCUUCCAAUAUAUGAUAAAAAUUAUAUAUAUAUAUAUAUACACUUAGAAACUCAUAUAAGGAAAAUAGGUAACAGGUGAUGGAUGUGUUUGUAGUGAUUUUCUUUUUCUCCGGUCGUUUGCAGAGUGUGGCUGUCUAUGUGUGCAGCCUCUCUUAGUUCCCCCUAUAAAACUCUGUCCUGAUAAAGACCAUCAUGAACUAAAAAAAAAGAGUGAGGGAGGCGAGACAGCAGAGUAGUGUGUCGGCCAUGGUCUAUUUCCGUUUAUGAUCCAAGUUGGAUGAAAGGCCUGGUGCCCCCACGUUUUACAAAGUCAUAUCAGAGAACUGGGAUGUCUUGCCGUCGGCUGAGAGAGCGAGAGAUGGAGAGCACUUGGAGAAAUUAUGUAGAAUCACUCCCCAUGACCCUGUCCGUCCCUUCCCAGUUAAUUUUCAUGACUCGUUUGCUUCUUCUGAACAUGGAACAAAUCUUUUGGGUUCAUUUCGGGAGUUAAGAUCACACGUGGUUAGACGACCUAUGUGUUCAGCUCUUCCAGCUAAAAAGGGAGAUUUGUUUUCUUUUCUUUUCUUUAUAAACCAGCCAACUCAACAUACACACAUUGGCAAGAUUACUCACUUACCACCUAUCAUGCAAUUUCUUUAACAGGGUGUUCCAUGUCUAAUUUCAAGUCCCCUAAUGUAGGUUACGUUUCAACUAUGUUCAAACGGAUAACAGCUGAGAAGCUCACCUAGUUUUUAUUACGAUUCUAUUCAGUGUCAUAUUUGGCUGUAAAGAAUCAGUGUUUUCAAAAAAGGUGAAAAACAAUGCCUCUCUUUUUUUGUACUGUAUUUUUACAUUUGUUUUUGUUUGUUUGUUUUGCCUUGUUUCGUUUUUUCAUUUCUCCUUUUUUCCCUGGUUGGAAGAUAAGUAUGAUCACAAUGGACCAAAUCUCAUGGAAGUGUUUAACAAUAAAGAAUGUUUUAGAAAAGAAA